UAGUUUCGGUACGAGUAUCUAUCAGUUGCAUUUAAAGCUGCAAGCACUGCGGUUGUAGUUUCACUAAAGUUGGCUUCCCCAUAAAAUCUUAAAUUAGUCAAUAAUAUUUCCACUUCAACAACAAAAUGAAGAUCAGCUCGAUAUCAGGAUUACUUUUCAUCUGCGCCGCCCUAUUCCUUGGAUUGACAUCGGCCACUGAUGUCAGGCCUUGCCCAAAAUCCAAGUCCAAGGCUUUAAGUGCCAGCGAUGUAACCAUUUCAAAUUGUGCCAAAAACAAAUGCAUUUUAAAGCGCAACACUGAGGCCAGCAUCAUGAUGAAAUUAAGGCCGGAACGUGAUUUCCAGGAGUUGACCUCAGACAUCCAGGGAAUUAUCCUGGAUGUGCCACUGCCAUUCCCAGGCUACUACGGCACCAGCGCCUGCCCGCAUAUCUACGACGAGGCCGGCGAGAACAAGGUUGGAUGCCCACUGAAGGCCGGACAGGUGUAUACCUAUAAGAACAGCUUCAAGAUCCUGCCAGUUUAUCCCACCGUCAGCCUGGAGAUCCACUGGGGACUGGGCGACAAGCAAGGCGACGCAGCCUGCUUCCAAAUUCCCGCCAAAAUCAAGGCCUAAGCCGUUAAGACAAGUGCAAUCGAUAAUGUUAGCGUUUAUUAGUGUUAAAUCUUAAAAUCGUUUAUCUGUUUAGUUAGGGGUUAAGAAGUACGGUUAAGUGAUAACAAAACGCAAGAUCUUUGCCAAUAUUGCGGCAUCCAGCCAGUGACGCAAUAUUGCUCCAAAUGAUUCGAUACCCACGGAUCAUCUGUUUUGGUAAAACUAUUAAAAAUUCACAACGAAUUCUACGAAA